GAGUGCACUCCUGGUGAGUCACAGCAAAGUUAUUUUUUCGAUCGAUUAAUCGUUGAAUUCUUUAGAUUUCGAUACAUGCGAUGGAAGUGUUUUUGUUGUCAUACUAUCUAUGGCCUAUUUGUAUGAAUUUUUUCUGCAAAGUUGGGAAAUAAACGUGUUGUUUAAAUAUAGAAAAAGUGUUCCAGAAAAGGGAUAUUCCGAUGUUUCAUACAUAAAGAAUUACCUACAGUUUUUACCUGGUAGUUGUUUCCAGUAUGCCACGCAAUUACAAAAAAAAAGUUGGCGGCAGAACGUAUCGUAAUUGGACAGAUGACCAAUUAAAGGCUGCAAUUGAAGACAUUAAAUCUAAAAGAGAGAGUCUACGUUCAGCUUCUGAAAAGUCUGUUAACAUUUGAUUUCUAUCAUAAUUAAUUUUAAAGUUAUUGUAUAAAAUAUUAGGAGCACAAAGAUAAUGUUAAUCGUUUAAAUUUUCAGAUAUGGGAUCCAUAAAAACACUUUGUGGAAAAAAAUGCAUGGCGAAUUGUCAUCCAAAACAGGCGGACAACCUGUACUAACAGAGGAGGAAGAAAACGUAAUUGUUGCUCAUCUCAUCACUGUUGCAACUUUUGGCUUCCCCUUCACCAUUUUGGAUCUUCGAUUGGUGGUCAAAUCAUACCUUGACAGGUUAGGGCGAAUUGAAAGAAGAUUCCAACGUAACUUACCAGGUAAAGAUUGGGCAGAUUUGUUUUUGAGACGCCAUAAAAAGGAGCUAACUCAGCGGACAGCUCGUCCCAUUUCACGAGUUCGUGCUGCAUUAGAUAAGGAUGUUAUUGUUGAGUAUUUUAACCAUUUAGGCAACAGUAUUGAUGGAGUGCCUCCUUCUCAUAAUAUAUGGAACUAUGAUGAGACGAAUAUAACGGACGACCCUGGAAAUAAGAAAGUACUCGUCAAGAGAGGAACCAAAUAUCCCGAUCAAAUUAAAAAUUCCACUAAGGCUUCAGUUUCUGUAAUGAUGUGUGGGAAUGCAGCAGGGGAAAUGGCCCCACCUUAUGUCACCUACAAGGCUGAAGGACUCUAUCAAAGUUGGACUGAGGGAGGACCACGUGGCACACGCUAUAAUCGCUCGAAAAGUGGUUGGUUUGAUGCUAGGAUAUUUGAGGAUUGGUUUGAGGGAUUGAUGCUCCCUAUACUAAAAAAGCAAGAUGGUGUUAAAAUUUUAAUAGGAGAUAAUUUAAGUUCUCACAUAAAUUAUCAUGUUGUUGAACUGUGUGAAGCUAAUAACAUAAGGUUUGUAGCAUUGCCUCCCAAUUCCACACACUUGUUGCAGCCAUUAGAUGUAGGGUUCUUUAGACCAAUGAAGGGAGCAUGGAGGAACAUUUUAAAUGAAUGGAAAGAAAGUGACCAAGGUAGGAAGCUGAGAACAAUCCCCAAAGAGAGUUUUCCUGUUUUUCUAAAAAUGUUAGUUGAAAAUCUAAAAGAGAAGAGCAGCCAGAAUUUAAAAUCAGGUUUUCAAGCAUGUGGCAUAGUUCCUCUAAAUCAGGACGCUGUUCUCAAAAAACUUGUUGGCAACGAGAUGGCUUCAAGUGAUCUCCGUGAACAUGUUGCAGAGUCCUUUCUGAAUGAGAUGGAAAAGAAAAGAAAAUCAGUUGUUUGUGUUGUGCAAAGGAAAAGGAAGAAAAUUGAUGUGCCACCUGGAAAAGGUUUCACCACCGCUGACAUUCCUCACAUGAUCCAAUCUCAACCUACCACUCUGAUGGAAAUUCAAGAGCAGCAACCUUCCACCUCUGGAGUAGUUCAAGAGAUUCAGCAGAAGCCUCGUCAAACGAGCGGGACAAGGAAAAUGAAGGCCAUAAAAAGGAAACAAAAAGAUUUCUCAUCUGAAGAGGAAGAGGAGAGUGAGAAAAUAAUUGAUGAUGAAAGUGAAGACAGCGUAACAAGCAAUUUUUUUCAAGAUUCUUCUAAUUCUUCUGAGGAGGACAAGUCUGAGGAUGAACAAGAACCCCUCACUCCAGCACCUGUCUCUGAACCGCACUGUCUGGAAGGUUCUCUAGAGGCUACCACUAGCCAGCCAAUCAGGGCGAGCCCUGGCGUGGAGUGA